GUUUCAAUCUCUGUGAAAAUAUCUCCAAACAGCGGCACAGUGGCGCUAGAUACUCUUGAUCACUCGAAAAAAAUUCGUUGUACGGGGAGGUUGUGCCCGCGCGUUGUUCUGCGUUUCCGUUCUGCGAUUAGCGGCCUCUUAGUUGCUAACUAGUGGUCGAAAUCCAAAAGGAUUGAACACUGGAUCGGCGAUACAUAUCCUUCAUCUGAGUUUUGUGAAAAUACCUUUCGUUUCGAACGCCGCACCCGUACAGGGGUAUCUAGGUUAAAUUCGCGUUGUGUGUUACAAAAUGAUGGAAAGUGUGCAAAAAAAGCAUCAGAAAGAGAUACAAAAAUUGACUAAGUAGAUUGUUGGCCAACUUUUGUGGAUCGUGUCGGGUCAUUCGGUGGGUUGGUCGUUCGAUGAAAAGCGAAACCUAACUAACUGUGCGAAAAAAGAAAGCGAAUUUUCACUUUCCAUUUAGUCAACCGCCACCACCAGGUCUUCGGGAUCCUCCGCUCUCCGGCCUGACUUCUCCGUGGCUUUGUGAUAAAGCGUGCACAAGUGCGGCGAGUGUUCGUCCCCUCGAAACCAAAGAACUCUAGACAUAUUCACACAUUUAGCUACAUAUUUAGCUACUCCGGCAAAAUGAUAAAAACGAAAACCAGCGACGACAAACUCGACACGCUCCUCUCUCGCAGCGUGGUGCCGAUCAUCGAUCUCGCCCACUGUGGUAUCGAGGAGGUGCCCGUCAAGUCGGUGGUCAACCGCGUGGGUCACCAGCUGAAGAAGGCCCUUUCCGAGAAGGGCAUGGCGCUGCUGGUCAACCACGGCAUAUCCGAUGAGAAGCUCAAGACUGCCUGGGAUCACCUGGAUGACUUUGUGGACCUGCCGCCGGAUGUCAAGCAACAUUACAUCCGAACAGAUGGCGACAAACACGGUUACGUGAGUCGCGGACAGCAGCAUCGUUUUGAUGGAAAGGCUCCGGAUCUGCGACAUGCCUUCAAUAUCAGCACGCUGAAUGCCCAGAACCUGCCCGAGGAACCGCUUCCCGGAUUCGCGGACCACAUCAGCACCUUGGCGACAGACUUCAAGGCCCUGGCCAGUUUCAUCCUCCAGGCGCUGGCCGUCUCGCUGGACAUUCCGCACACCUUCUUCCUCGAAAAGCACUCACACAUGUUGUCGGGCGACCACGACAACAUGAGCUCCCUGCGCAUGCUCUACUAUCCCCCGGUGGUGGACGACGAGCCCGGCCAGAACGAUGUGAUCAAGGGUCGGUGCCAGUACAGCUACCAGCGCUGUCUCUCCAACCAGCCGGACUUCCGUCCGGAGCACAAUCCCCGCGACGAAGACGACCUCAACGACGGGGUAGACGGCCCCAAUGGCCAGCUUUUUGAGCACAAACUGGGCAAUGGAGCAGUCAUCCGAUGCCCUGCCCAUGUCGACUAUGGCACUUUCACCCUGCUGGCCCAGGACUCAGAGGGCGGACUCGAGAUCAAGUUGCCAGGAAGCGAGAAGUGGAACCGCGUCGGUCACUUGCCCGGCUCCAUUCUUGUCAACUGUGGCCAGAUUUUGAAUAUCUGGACACAGGAACGUUAUCCCGCACUGCAACAUCGCGUCGUUAUUCCCGAACAGGAGAGCAUUAGAGCUCGUGGUCGGCAUUCGAUCGCCUUCUUCUGCCAUCCGGAUAACAUGACAUCCAUAUCCCCCAACGAUCUGCCCAACCCAGACGCCGCCCAGGAUAAGGCGUUACUCAAGCAGCGAAAGAAGUCCUUCAAGGCGGCGAAAGAAAGAGUCUACAAUGCAUAUCAGUUAAUUCAGAAAAAGUUUAGAGAUACGUAUAGCAGUAACAACCACUCAUAACGUCGGGACAGACCGUCGAGCCAUCCAUUGCAUCUCUACCUGAAACGGGAAUGAAGUUCACAUCGCGAAAUCGUGGAAAUUGUGGCGAGGGAAAGCGAAAAAUGAAAAGCCAACAAUACAUAUGAUGUUUUGAACCUUUUUAUUAUUACCUUUACGUUUAUUCCAUACGAUUGUAAUUGCUUCAUUUCAUUAAUUUAUAUGUAUCGAGAUACUAUAUACAAUACAUGCAUACACCAUAAACAUAUACCUUUUGUAUAAUAAAUAUAUAUGUAUAAUUUAA